AUGGAUGAUACCUUUGCUAAAUUGGAGGCAGAAUACUGUCCACCACUCGACCCUGCUUUACUAUCUGCGAUCCUUUCGGACUACGACCUGAAUGUCGAAGACCAAAUCCAGAAUGCCAGAGACAUUCUCGAUCCGCUCAAAGAGUCGGCUUUGUUGGAAGAAGAGUUCGGUUUCGACGCCUCGGGGACAGGCGCGCAAGAUGAAGGCUUGACUUCUGGGACUCGAUCGGAAUCGUUCCCAGGUACCAGCGCGUCUGUGUCCCGAGAGACAGAGUUGACGAGUCUGUCGAAUGGCUUGUCGUCGUUGGAUCUGGAACACGGGGAGUCGAGUCCAAUAUCGAGCGAGGGUGUCACGGCUGAAGAGAUAGAGCGGUUGGACGAAGAGACGAAGAUACUGCUGCUGCAAGAAGUGUUCCACGACCGCGUGAGUAGACACAAAGUUCAGUAUACCCUGCAGAAGUGCAAUGGGAAAUGGCACAAAGCGAUGGAGGAGUUGCUCAACCAUGUCUACUUCAACGAGGGCGGCGAAGAUGGCGGCACAGUACCAAAGGGCAUCGAUGCGUUCUCCGAGGAUCACGUUGUCAGACGAGGGAGAAGGAAGAAGGGCAAGGGCAAGAAUCUGGCAUUCAUCGACGAGAGGCGAUCCACUUCUCUUCCAGUCUCGCCAACGUAUGCGCCUACGCCUCCAUUUAACAAAUGGCAAACUGCCAGCCAGGAUAUCGAGUUCAUCGCGACUCGGACCGGACUCUCUAACAAGGCUGUCACCUCCAUCUACUAUUCCAGCGGCACAUCUCUUCCCAAAACGAUCGCAGGAGUCUUGAAAGACAGCAUACAGAAAGGCAAAGCAGACCUUGAAGACGACCCUAUCCUUGCUGUCAACGCGCAUGAUCUUGAGGUCGAGUUUCCAACAAUCGCCACGGAAUACGCAAGAACGAUUGUUCACCUGACACAUCCAUCGACAGCAGCGGCGCAUGAAUUGGCUAAAGCUCUGACUGCGCAGCCUGAAAUUGCUAGGGGAGGCAUACAGAUCAUCCCAUCCUACGCGAGGCCAGUCGAAGCAGAGGACGAGUUCACGCAGCACGCACCGAAGAAGGAUCGAGCAAUUGCCAAACUUCAUAUCGAUGCAGACUCUAGUUCGAGCGAACGGGCUGCCGCAUAUUCGGCAGCACGCAGCACAGCGCUCUCACAAGCCUAUGCAGCCCACCGAAAAGCCAAAUCCGAUCGUCUCAUGGGCGGUGCCGCAGCAUACUACAGCCAAGUCGGCCGCGACUACGCAAUGCUCUCAUCGCAAGCCUCUGCAUCAGCCGCCGAUGAACUCGCGAAUUCUCAAUCCGAAGCAUCACAGCUGGAUUUGCACGGCAUCGACGUUCUCAAUGGCGUUAGAAUCGCGCGGGAGAAAGUGGGGCGGUGGUGGGAGGGUCUCGGUGAGAGUCGUGCUAAUGGCAGGCUGGGUGCGCAGGAGCGCCAGGCUGGGUAUUCGAUUGUUGUUGGGCGUGGAAGACAUAGUGAAGGUGGGAAGAGCAAGCUUGGUCCUGCUGUCAAUAGGGCGUUGAGGGAGGAUGGGUGGAGGGUUGAGCAGGAUGGUGCUACGCUUGUGGUGAAGGGGCGGGCUCGGAGAUGA